CUAGUUCAGUAGUGUUCUUAGCUGCGAGGAUCUCUUAAAUUCGUGCUCCUAAUUUUUUUCAAUUUAAAGAAGACUCCGCCAUUUUCCCAGUGAAUAGAAACACGUCACAGCAAAACUAAAUUUCUUAAGCAUCCCUUGCCGGCCAAAAAGAAGCCCAACAUAGGUGAAGUUGACCAUGAUAGCCGCAGAUUUACCUCGGGUUAGUACUGAAGUGAAACACUAAGCGGAAUAAGAAAGGCAAACAUCUGGGGAUACUGUUGCAGGUUUUUAUUUAGACCCUUAUCUCGCACCCACAAAUUUGCGUUAAAUUUAAAGAAUUUGCACGCCUAACUUCGCAGCGUAAAACAAAGGUACGAGAAACAGGUUUUUAUUGUCCAAAUAAUCGGCAUUGCCGAUGUGUGAAGAAAGUCUCUCGCUACUACUUUCAAGGCCAAACAAAGUAUGCAUGAGCUACAUGUUAAAUGUUGAAUGAGCUACCUAAUGUUGCUCGGCAGAACUGUUUAGUCCUUAACUGAAGGGAAAUGUAUUUAGCUGGCUGUAAACUGCAUAUUCAAACCCUUACGUUUUUAAUCGUCUUUAUUUUAAAACAGUGUGUAAGCGCCAAAACCAUCUGAGGAAGUGAAGUUCGAAACAUCAAUCGCCAUGACGAUUAUUGCCAGCCUCUCACGACCACGCGGCCUCGAUCCCAGCUCACUCUUGAAGUUUUUUCCGGGGAAGCGGGUUGGUUUAGAACCGAGUCUGCAUUUUAACCUUGGUCUGUAGUCUCAGUUCAGUCUGCAUUUUACCCUCAGUCUGCGCUUUAUCCCUGGUCUACAGUCUGCGUUUUACACCGACUGGUUAGAUAUACGUUACGAGCACCAGAUUUAUUAUGCAUCUCACGCUCCAUCACCAGCUACACGAAAGACUCCCCAGCGCGCAAAGGUACGGUACUCUGGAACUGCUUGACAAGCGAACAUCGCGAAUUAGUCAGCUUUACUUGUUAUGAGAACCUCAAGCGGGAACAGAGAUUACUAGAGUCACUACAUAGUUUUGGGGAUUUUACUUAGAAGGUGACAUCUACAUCCACAUGCACUUUCAGAUCAGAAGAUUUUAUUUACACAUAACACCUUUCUCAAGAUGGCUGUAUAUCUUAGGUAAACGUUCAUAAGUCCAUUAGCACAUUAGAUCCUUAGAUAAACGACCCACAAGCCUAACAGCUUUAACAAUUAUCGUUUAAAAUAAAGGAUUUGAUCGAUUGAUAGACAUAAAGUUUGUAAGGUAACGCCUCAUUUUGUUUUGGGAUUUAGCGGCUCUAUUGUUCGCCACUGUUGGAAUUUGAGCAACCCGGCUUCCCGAAACAAAUAUAUUAAGUAUAUAUAUGUCGUUCAACGGCAAGCAAAGUCGCGACAAGCAUGAAAACCCAUGCAGUCCUUUUUUUCGUUUUCGCGAGAAUAUCCGUAACACAACGCCACUCCUGGGUUUGAUGACCGAGGCCGGGGACAUUUCCAGGAUCAUAGCUUUUCGUAGGAAAAAAAAACAGCAACAACUCAGGGCUCUUGAGCAGCUCUUACAGGUUAUUUUUAAUGGAUUUAAGUAUAUAUGUUUGGCCUUUUGGAUUUUGUAGCGCACAUUUAUGGUGAAAGACACAGCGUGAGCUGAAUUGUGGAUUGAGAAAUACUCAGGAAAGAAUGACCAAUGAUUGUGUUACAAGUUGAUGUUGCAAAAUUUGCCGACCACUGACCUCUAAGUUUCGGGUUAUAUUUGGAAAAUUUUAAGAGCUUUUCUGAAGUCAUGUGUAAAUAAUUGGCGUUUUUUUUAUUGUUUUUAGUACCAAAUAUUCCGCCUUUUGCGAUUAAAUCUCGUUACAAUAUGUUUGUUUUUUUCUCCUUCAUCUUUAUGAAAGAGCAUUUUAAGAUUGGCGUGACAUGCUCAAAGAGUCUGGGCUCGAAAGAUGUUCACGUGAAACCCACAUGGAAUUUCCCAAGUAAAUUUUUGGCGCGUUCGCCUGAUCGUCAUAAAUUUUAGACCACUGAAACAUUACUGCAUUUCACGGAAUUUUCCGAUCUAAUCACCAGAAGUAUAACCCUUUGCUUAAGAUUUAAUAUUUUGAAAACAUGGCAGUAAACGGUGUCAAUGGUCAUGGAUUUCACUUCCUUCGUGAGUCUCUUGAAGAGAACGAUCCCGAUAUUUACGAAAUUUUGAAAAAAGAGAAGCAACGCCAAGUUCGCGGCCUCGAGCUCAUCGCCUCGGAAAAUUUCACCAGUACAGCUGUUAUGGAAGCUCUUGGUUCAUGUAUGACCAACAAGUAUUCUGAGGGGCAAGUUGGACAGAGAUAUUACGGAGGAAACCAGUUUGUGGAUGAAAUGGAGGCAUUGUGCAAGAAGCGAGCUCUCGAAGCUUUUCGGCUUGACCCAGAAAAAUGGGGUGUAAAUGUGCAGGCAUAUUCUGGCUCCCCAGCAAACUUUGCAGUCUACACUGGGCUUCUAAACCCUCAUGACCGUAUCAUGGGCCUUGAUCUACCUGAUGGAGGGCAUCUGACACAUGGCUUCAUGACAGAGAAGAAGAGGAUAUCUGCAACUUCCAUCUACUUUGAAUCAAUGCCAUACAAGACCAACCCAGUGACAGGCUUGAUAGAUUAUGAAAUGCUUGCUCAGACCGCCAGACUGUUCCGUCCCAAGCUGAUCGUUGCUGGAAUCAGUGCAUAUCCGCGGCAUCUGGACUAUGCUAAAUUCAGGGAGGUUUGCAAUGAGGUUGGUGCUUACCUCAUGGCUGACAUGGCACACAUCAGUGGUCUUGUUGCUGGUGAUGUAGUCCCAGGUCCAUUUGAGUAUGCAGAUAUUGUCACAACAACAACUCAUAAGUCACUCCGAGGGCCACGCUCUGGUGUCAUAUUUUACCGCAAGGGAAUUAAAGGGUACAAGAAAAAUGGGGACCCUAUCAAAUAUGACUAUGGACCCAAAAUUGACUUUGCCUUGUUCCCUGGUCUUCAGGGUGGUCCGCACAACAAUCAAAUUGCCGCACUUUGUACAGCAUUCAAGCAGGCCAACACACCAGAAUUCAAGGAAUAUGCCCAACAGAUUUUGGACAACUGCCAAGCACUGGCCAAGGUUUUAUUGAGUCGAGGCUACACACUUGUGUCAGGGGGAUCUGAUAACCAUCUGGUUUUACUUGAUCUGCGUCCACUGGCAAUUGGUGGUGCCUUAGCUGAGAAGGUUCUGGAAGAGGUCGCAAUAACAGUGAACAAAAACACCUGCCCUGGUGACAAAAGUGCUCUCCGUCCAGGUGGACUGCGUAUUGGAGCUCCAGCUCUCACAACCCGCACCAUGAAGACAAAGGAUUUUGAGCAAGUAGCAGACUUUAUUGACCGUGGAAUCAAACUGGGACUGGAAGUGCAGAAGAUCAGUGGGCCAGACCAAAAGAAAUUUGAAGAGGUUUUAUUGGGCGAUCAGUUUAAGGGCAAAGUUGAGGCAUUGAAACAGGAAGUUGAAGAGUUUGCAGUCCGAUUUCCCAUGCCAGGACAUGAUCUUAUUUAAGAUAUUGCCGCUAUGUGUGUGCCAGUCAGCAUUUUGAUAAAAUAGACACAUGCUGAUUAAAUAUUUAAAAUGAUAAUGUCAAGAUUCAUGCAUUUUGCAGAGCAACUUUCCAGGGGCUACAAUUGAAGUUUCAGUUUAGUAUAAAAUGUCAGCAACCCUUUAACUCCCAGAUCAAAUUUGUCACUCUCCUCACUGUGAACCUUACAAUUCUUAUAAUGUUAGUACAGAGAAUUUAGUAUUGGAUCAACUAAUUAUCCCCAAAUUGAUAUUUUUCUUUGUUCUUAUCACUUCUUUGGUUGAUAUUGUAUGGAUAUUGUAAGGAGAAUUCUGUCUUGGUCACUCAUGGGAGUUAAAGGGUUGAGACUGCAUUUGCAAUAUACAUGAAACAAGUGUCAUUAUUAAGGACUGAUAUGUUGCUCAAAAAUCAUGUUAUACCUCCAAUAGACAAAUCUGUUGAUUAUUCAAUAGUGUUGAUAAACUAGUGAUGAGCUCCACAUGGGAAAAGUCAGUAAUUUUCUGGAGGUUCACAGUCAUUAUUAGGCAUAACAUUUGCUGCUGUUUUGAGUCUGUACUAGUCCUUACUUUAGAUGCUUCAUCAUAUAGUUGAAAAUAAACUCUCCAAACAAUGCACUUUUCAGGCAGAUGUUAGGAUAUAAUAUCAAAUUUUUAUUCAGAGAGAUGCUAUCCAUGAGAGAAGGAAUUGAAAAUGCAUCAAACAAUCUACAAAAAGAAACCAGUUUCACAGUCAUUUUCACGUGAUCCAAUAAAUACAAGGUUGUUGUUGAUCAGGCUUUAAGGAAACUUAGAAGAUACUGCAUCUCGCACAAUUCACAUUUAUUGGAUCUAGAAGCAAUUACUCUGGCCCAGGAGGAUUGGGGAAGGAAGUAAAAUAGCUCGUUUUGACUUUCGAUGGGGGAGGGGGUUGGGUUUGAUCACUUAUUUAACUUAUGAUUCAGUCAAUAAACACUCAAAAUAAAACAUUUGCUUCAAAAAUUUGAAAACCA